AUGAUAUGUAUGGAGGAUGAGAGUAUGUAUGAUGGUGUGACCGUGUGCCCGCCAGCCGCCGUCGGUGAUUCGUGGAACGUCAGCAGUUCAUCCGCGCGAACUUCGCCCCAUCCCUGUACGUUGCGGUUUGCGGGCCCCAUUCCAGCCACUUCAACUCUCAACCGCUUGAGGAGGAACUCGGUUGUCGGUAAGACGGGGCAGGGGCGAGCAAGGGAGAGGGGAGAGGAGAGUGGGAGACGCAGAGGUGGAACCACGGAAGUGACAAAACACAACGGCAUGGAUGGAGACGAGGGUUCGGGGUCCGCAAGGCCUGGAGUUCCGUCUCUUUGCUGGAAAAGGAGGUUGCGUUUUCCGCUCCCGCUUCUUCUCCCCUUCAAUCGCCCCCGACUACCCCUGGACCUACUCGUAACUCCUGCUUGGAAGCCCUCAUCGUUGCUCUGAACGAGACGUGCGACGGGACGAGUUGGUACACGUCGACGAAGGAGCUGCAGCUGGCGUCCUUGGAGUUCUGCAUCGCGUGCAGGAACUACCAGACCGUGCACUUGAAUGUCGACGAACAAAUUCCACGCAGGCUGCUGGCCACUGCGGAUGCUCCCCCACCGCACCCCAAACGGUUAUGUUGGACGCGCGUGCCACGGCUUAGAGCUCGCCGAGUGACAUGGAACAUGCCGACAGCGGCGGAAUUGAGAACCCCGAUAUUUGCAAUGACCGACGUGGAGUACCUGGAGUUCGGCGAUGCCUUUGAAGACAGUCUCGAGGCUGUGCCAUGGCCGGAACACCUGAGAACGAUGGAGUUUCACCCUGAUUCACCGUUUGACCAACCUAUCGAAUUGGUACAAUGGCCGGCAUUUCUGCAGAAGAUCACUUUCGGAGCAGAUUUCAACCAACCGAUCGAACGUGUCAAGUUUCCGGCAUCGCUGCAGCAGCUCAUAUUCCGCACGUCGAGUUCGUGUUUUGACCAACCGAUUGCCGAAGUGGUUCUGCCGGCUUCGCUGCAGCUGCUUGAGUUGGGGGGAGACUUCAACCAGCCGAUCGAGGAUGUAGUGUGGCCGGCAUCACUGCAGCAGCUGACGUUUGGGAACAGAUUCAACCAUCCCAUUGAGGGCACUGUGUGGCCAGAUGCUCUUCAGACGCUCGUUUUCGGAGUUGAUUUCAAUCAACCAGUGGACAACGCGAGGUGGCCGGCGUCGUUGCAAGAGCUGACGUUUGGAUGGUGCGAUGAAUUUGCCGGCGAUGGGAUGGUGAUUUUCUCGAACUUUAAUCAACCCAUCGGUAGCAGUGUCUGGCCUGCAUCGCUUCGGCGACUCACACUAGGCCACAUGUUCAGACAGUCACUGCAAGGACUGGGCACUUGGAUGCCCAAUCUUGAAGCACUUCAUCUUCUUCAUGACCAUGGUUCUUGGUUAGGUGACAGUAACCUUCUCUGCGGAAUCGAAUGGCCGAAGGGCCUUCGUCAUCUGACCCUCUUGGAAGGCACGAGCUUAGAUGGAGUGGAUAUCCCUUUUGCUGUGCAGGUCUUGUUUGC